GUGGCCGUCAGUGCUUGCUUAACCGUCGCGGUGAUAGCAGGUGCGAAUAUACACGUUCAUUCUUAAAACUCUCCGAUUUGUUCGGGUGUAAGAUCCUUCGUGUUGUUUUUUUUUUUUUUUUUUUACAUCGUUUUCAAACGUUCGGAAACAAGUGUUGGCAGCAGCAAACACGACAAACGAAUCUUCCGGUUGGGACGUUUCCUCGACGUCGUAAGCGGAGGAAGUUGCGUCCUUCCGUCUAAUUUAAAACAGGUUUGUUUUACCGUAGAAGACAUGGGAUGGCGAGGCUUUCUGUUAGCUGUUCUACUAUCGGGAACAAUUUCAAGUAUCACGGCCGAACCAUAUUACACAAUUAUCGCGCCGAAAGUGGUACGUCCCGACUCGGAAUAUCAUGUAGCGGCCAGUAUCACCGGCAUAUCCACACCGACAGUAAUAUAUGUUGAGUUGACCGGUGAACUCGAUACGGGAGGAAUAUUCAAUGUUUCACGAAGCGUAACCGUCGAGCCUUAUUCGACGAAAAUCAUACGAUUAGACAUCGGAGAAACCACGCCGGGGAAGUACAAACUGACAGCGCGCGGUCUAUCUGGUAUCAAUUUUUACAAAACAAAGGAAAUCGAUUAUGUACACAAAAGCUUUUCCGUUUUCAUACAAACCGAUCGGGCGAUCUACAAGCCCGGACACAAAGUCAUGUUCCGUUGUAUCAUAUUGGACUCGAGGCUGAGACCAAGCAUUGUCGGACCGACGGAUGUGUAUAUUAUUGAUGGGGAUGGAAAUCGUAUCAAACAAUGGAAUCGUCCAUCGGUGACUCAUGGAAUCUUCAGCAGCGAAUUGGAAUUGUCGCAAUCGCCAAUAUUGGGAAAUUGGAAGAUUGUUGCCACUGUGGGCGAUCAGACGUUCGAAAAAGACUUUGAGGUAGCGGAGUACGUCUUGCCGAAUUUCGAGGUGACGAUCGAUUCGCCGAAACACGUGCAAUUCAAAGAAUCCAAAAUUGUGACAACUAUUCACGCAAAGUACACGUACGGAAAGCCGGUAAAGGGUGAGGCUACAAUAACGGCUUAUCCAGACAUUUUUUCUGGCGUCAUUCAACCGAUAUUUCAACAGCCUGUGAGAAAAGUCUUGCCAAUUGAUGGCAAAGUAACAGUUGAUUUUGACAUCUUGUCUGAACUGAGACUGACAGACGAAUACGAAAGACCAAUUAUGAUCGAAGCGGUGGUGGAAGAGGAAUUAACCACUAGGAGACAAAACACUUCGGUGCAAAUAACGUUACAUAAACACAAGUACACAAUGGAACUGAUAAAAACGUCGGAGUAUUUCAAGCCGGGAUUGAAAUUUACUGCUUUUCUGAAGCUCGCGUAUCACGACGGAUCACCGGUGCAAGAUACCAAACAUCCCGUGCUGAUCGCGUACGGUUACACGUACAAUCAGUCAGCGUACUCGAAUAUUUCACGCAUGCUGGACGAGCACGGGAUGAUACAAUUGGAUUUCUAUCCGCCUAAGUCGGACAGUAAUAUCUCGUAUCCUCUGAACAUAGAGGCGCAAUACUUGAAUCUUCACGAAUGGUUUCCCGUGACCAAUCAAGCCACAUCUUUAAGCAACGACUACAUCCAAGCGACACUAAAAACCGAGAAACCAACGGUGAACAGUUACGUCGAAAUCGAGGUGAAUUCUACAGCACCACUGAAAUACGUUAGUUACGAGAUACUCGGGCGCGGUGAUAUUCUGGAUGCGGGAUCGAUCUACGUCUCGGACAAGUACACGGCAAAUUUCAGAUUCUUAGCGACAUAUGUCAUGGCACCUACUGCGCACGUAAUUGUUUACUACGUGCGAAUAGACGGAGAAGUUAUAGCGGACUCGUUGGACGUUGAACUUUCGGGAACGCUGCAAAACUUCGUCGAUAUUAAAGUGACACCCGGUGAGGUCAUGCCUGGAGAGAAUGUCAACCUCAUGAUAUCCUCGAAGCCAAAUUCCUUCGUUGGACUGCUGGGUAUUGAUCAGAGAUCUAUCCUGUUAAAAUCUGGAAAUGAUAUAUCCCACGAAGAAGUGUACAAAGAACUGCGUUCCUACGAUCCUGGAGAAGUAUCGCCGUAUUCAGAUUCGUUCUUCGAUCGUCCGCUUUGGAGACCCGGCUCGGGAACCGCGGAUGAUGUGUUUCAAAAAACUGGCGUGAUUAUUCUCACUAACGGGUACGUGCACGAGAACUACGCCAUACGACCGCAGAUUUUGGAAGGUAGAAUAACGGGCUCGCCUCAUGGGUUGUCCACGCUUCGACCAGAUCUUGGUCCACCUGUCACGCACAGAUUAGCGACAAGACCACCAUUGGCAGGUCCUUACGCCUUCUCUCGCAUCCCACCUCCUGUCUGGAAUAAGCCCCGUGUAUUCCUAAUGCAUGACAUCUUAAACACCUGGCUUUUCACAAACUUCUCUUCAGGAUACAUGGGAACAGUUGAACUGCGACGAAAUGUGCCGGAUUCGAUAACGUCGUGGGUGCUUACCGCGUUCUCCGUGAACGAUGCGAACGGGCUGGGUCUCAUAGAUGAACCGAGAAAGCUGAAAGUGUUCAGACCGUUCUUCAUAUCCAUGGAUUUGCCGUAUUCGGUAAUACGCGGCGAAAUCGUAGGGAUACAGAUUGUAGUGUUCAAUUACAUGAACAAAGAUCUGACAGCCGAAGUGCUGCUGACGAACGAGGGUCAAUUUGACUUCGCGGAGGUAUCGAAUGAGGUUCACGACGCUCCGAAAUUGGAAUUAUAUCGAAAGAAAACGGUCGACGUGAAAGCUAAUUCCGGUUCCACCGUGUCGUUCAUGAUUAUCCCGCGAGAUCUGGGAUACAUCACUAUAAAAGCGACCGCUAACAGCGUGUUGGCCGGCGACAGCGUUGAGCACAAGUUACUUGUGAAAGCUGAGGGAGAAACGCAAUACAAGAACAAGGCGAUAUUUUUGGAUUUGAGAAACGCCGUGCGCACAGAUACGAACAUCACCAUCGACAUACCUAACAACGCGGUGCCGGGUUCCGAGAACAUACAAAUCUCUGCAGUCGGCGAUAUCUUGGGUCCAAGUAUUCCGAACUUGGCAAAUCUGAUCAGAAUGCCGUUCGGUUGCGGCGAGCAGAACAUGCUGAAUUUCGUGCCGAACAUCGUCAUUUUGAAUUAUCUCAAGAAUACUAACCAAUUGACGCAAGCUGUGCAGAGCAAAGCGUUGAAAUACUUGGAUGUUGGCUACCAACAAGAACUGACUUACAGACACACCGAUGGUUCCUUCAGCGCGUUCGGCAUGUCAGAUCCUACUGGCAGUACGUGGCUUACGGCCUUCGUAGCGAAAUCUUUCAAACAAGCGGCGGAAUAUAUAGCGAUUGAAGACAGGAUCAUAAACGAGGCGUUGGAAUGGCUGUCCAACAAUCAGGCUUCGAACGGCUCAUUCCCCGAAGUAGGUAGGGUGAGCCAUCGCGAUAUGCAAGGCGGAGCAGCGAAGGGACUUGCUUUAACGGCGUACACGCUUAUUGCUUUUCUCGAAAACGAGGAUGCCGUGGUGAAAUAUCGCAAUACGAUAAACAAAGCUGUCGACUACAUCGUGCGUAAUCUCGAGGACCUAAACGACACGUACGCACUGAGUUUGUGCGCUUACGCCUUGAAUUUGGCGAACCAUCCGUACGAAACGUCCGCGUUUAACUACUUGGAGUCAAAAGCCAUGACGAAGCAGGACCUCAAGUGGUGGAGCAAACCCGUUCCAAAGGACGACAAGAAUCCGCAUUAUUCCCUACCGCGUUGCGUUGACGUCGAAAUGACGUCUUACGCUCUACUCUCCUACAUCAGACGUAAUUUGGUCGCUGACGCGAUCCCUGUGAUGAAGUGGCUUGUCAAACAGAGAAAUACGGAAGGCGGCUUCGCCUCAACGCAGGAUACCGUAAUCGGACUUCAAGCACUGGCGAAGCUUGCUGAGAAAAUAUCGAAGGACGCAGGCUCAGUUCAGAUCGCGUUCAAGUACGGACAAGACGGUGAAACUCAAAUGAACAUAAACAAGGGUAACUCGAUGAUACUUCAAAAACAGAUAUUACCUUCGAAAACGCGACUCGUCAAUGUAACAGCGUCUGGCAGAGGAUUUGCACUUAUACAAGUGUCUUAUCAUUACAAUCUGAACGUCACCGGAGCCUGGCCGUUGUUCACAUUAGAUCCUCAAGUGAAUAAAAAUUCCAACGCUAAUCACUUGCAACUUUCCAUCUGUUCAGGAUUCGUUCCGACUAGAGAAGCGAAUGAAAGCAAUAUGGCCGUGAUGGAGGUAAGUUUACCUUCUGGCUUUACCGUAGACCGAGACUCUCUGCCGAGUCUGGAAGUUUCGUCGAGUGUGAAACGCGUGGAGACCAAACACGGCGAUACAAUGGUGGUUCUGUACUUCGACAAGAUGGUGAAACAAGAAUAUUGUCCUACCGUGUCCGCGUUUAGGACACACAAAGUAGCCAUGCAAAAACCAGUUCCUGUUUCUAUUUACGACUAUUACGAUUCGUCGAGAAGAGCGAGAGCGUUUUACGAGCCUAGAAGAACGACCUUGUGCGAUCUGUGCGAGGAUGAGGAUUGCGAGGAUUUGUGCGUUUCCAAACCCGGCAAACGAAAAGACAACGACAUACUGUCCGCCGCGUCUCACAUUCACACCAGUGUAUAUUGGCAAUUCGCGUUCUUCUCGUUUUACUUUCUGCUUCGUGAAUAUUUGUAAUUAUAAAUUUGUUAUCGAAGACAAAAUUAUUUUAUGCAAUACUUUUAAAUAUCUGACGAAAUAACGUAAUGAAGCUGUAUAAGUUGCGACCAAAGUACUUGUUAUGCACAGAUAUAUCUUAAGAUAUUACGGAUCCAUUUCCCGCGUGUGAAAUGUAUGUCCGAAACAAACUAACAUAAGAGUUAAUUACCGAUAAUAUAUAUAUUAAGUUUA